AUGCUAGACACAGCUAGCAAUGGGAACUUCCUCAACCAGGAUGUAGAUGAUGGCUGGCAACUUGUGGAGAACAUAGCUAACUCAAAUGGAAGCUAUGGAGAAGAGUAUGAUCGCACCAACCGGAGCUCGACCCACCACUCGAUCGAGUCAGACGAAAAGUUGAGAAAAGAUGUUAAGGCAUUGAAUGAGAAGUUGGAUAAGCUGAUCCUAGCUCAGUCCACAAUGAAGAAAGUCAACUUUGUGUCUGCUGAGGAGAUGGAACCAGUCCAAGAAGGGGAGGAUACACAAUUUGCUGAGGUGUGCUACAUGAGCAAUGGGCAAGGAGGUUACAACAAAGGAUACUAUAAUUACAAGUCCAACCCUGCCAUGUCAUACCGCAACACUGAUGUUGCUAACCCUCAGGACCAAGUAUAUCCUCAACAACAAGCAGCUCGAUCGAGUCAGGUGCCACAACAUGGGUAUGGUCAAAAGAACAAUUACCAAGGACCACAAGGCACUUUCCCUGGACAACAAAUGAAUAUCCCACCAGGCUUCCCCCACCAACCGCCCCAGCCUGCACCUUCACAAGAGAAUGAGCUCAAGGCAAUGCUAAAGCAACUACUUCAAGGGCAAGCUGAUGGGGUAGUGGACACAAGCAAGAAGCUAGCUGAAAUAAACUCUAAGAUCGAGAACCUCAACACAAGGGUUUACUCUCUGGAGAAUCAUGCUUCUUCUGUUGCUGCUGCUACAAAGCAAGGACAACUACCUGGUAAAGCUAUUCAGAACCCCAAGGAACAGUGCAAGGUCAUCUUCACUCAAGAAGGACUUGUUGAAGAAGAGGAUCAAGAAAGGGUCAUUGAAGAUUUUUGUUUACUGCUGAAUGAUGAAGAGAUUGUUGCUGCUGAGGCUCCUGGAGUCCAGAUUGAUCAACCAGAAGUGCAUGCACCUACUGUGGCCAUUCACACUUCACCAGUUGAGCUCGCACGACAAGCUCGAUCGGCAGCUCGAUCGAGUCCAACUCUAGCUCGAUCGAGUCCGACCUCUUCUGUCCGACAGCCUGUUUUGCUUGAUCCUUAUCAACCGGUUGCCGCUUCCUCGUCUCGCCUACUUAGUCAAGGUCACAAGGAAGUGAUUCACAAGUUCAGAAGAGAUCUCAGUGGGAUUGGAAUUGAGUUGCCUCUAUGGAUAGCAUGA